GUUUUGUGUUUCACGCGUAUGUUAUCGUGUGCGAGUCGCCGACGUUUGCCGUCGAAAAUGUGCCGAUCUUAACGAAACGAGGUAUGCGCGCAUACCUCGUCGCUUCCUUAUCCGCCAUGAUACCACCAGUUCGAGAGGCGAAAUGUCGCGGAAACCGUCGUCGUCGUACGUUCCUCUGCUUCUUUGCGCGGCGAUCAUCGUCAACGCGGAAUGCGCAGGUAACUUUUCGGAUCGUUGUUUGGAUCUGGUCAGACUCGACGUCGACGACAUCGAGAAUCAUUUGGACGCGCUGAAUCUCACGGAUGUGCCUACCGUGAAAAUGAUGACCGCCGGAUUUAAGUGUCCGAUCCCCACCCUGCCUUUUGGCACGCUGAAAUCGGACUGGGCUAGACUCUUGUUGCUUCAAGAGGCGCAACCUGAGGGGUCGAUCAUCAGACUCAAACUCGUUCGACUAAUGCGAAUCUUGAUAAUCGCUUAUUAUCAAAUGGAGGAGCGUAUUGACAUCGUGGAUUCCGAAGACGCGAAGAUCGCAAAGAAAUCUCCGAUAGCAGAAACGAAGAUAGCUGCGAAGAAGACGAGCCAAUGCGCGAGCAGCAAUAAUUCCUCGAGGAUUGAAAGCUCGGAAAACAAUCCGAAUCCUCAUCAUACGCGUACGAAUUCGUCCCUGAACGACGCGAUGCCAUCGGCCACCGAGAAUGGCUAUUCGAGGGUGAAGUCGAACGCCACGAUGAUCGAAGUCACGACGAUGAGGAACUUCUCGAGCCUCGACGGAACGACGAGCACCGUUUCGCCUGACGCGACACGUCGGAACGUUUCGAUCGAUCUUGGUGCAGCGAGCACCAAGAAAAAUGUCACAUUUGACGAUUGCUUGAGGCAAUCUUUGAAGGACAUCGUGCGAAAGCGAUCGAGUCGUAAGGAUAUUGCGAGGAAUAAGGCGAAGUGGCACAGUGAGUUCUUUCGCGCGACGCGAAAGAACAAUGAGAUCGACGAUCGCGACAGGACAUUUAGGCCGCCGACAAAUGAAUUUUGGCAAUAUGUAACGUUCCCCACGAAGGCUCCGUUAACUGUUGGCAGUGUCGCAAGUAGACUUAAAGCAAAACGGAAGUCGCAAAAACGUGCGAAGCUGAGCAAUGACGUUUAUGAAAGCUUUAGACGGUUUUACGGCGUCGACAAGAACGAAAAAGAUAUAAAGUAAAUGUGCGUUGCUUCGAUAUCGCUUCGAAACAAUUGGGAAGUUUAUUUCUUUCCGAACCAUCUUUGCCCUGUGCACUUUUGAACAUUCAAAACUGCGACAUUCGAAAUGAUCGACAGAAAGAUGUGGAAGACAACGUCAUUUUCGGAUGCAUAGCUUCAAAUGCUUUGGCGAGAAGGAGUGCAAUUUUUAUUAUAAAG